UCACCCUCCCCUUUGCCCCGGCCAGCAGUGGCAGCGGAAGGCUAGUCCAGCCUCCCUGGGGCUGACAGAGGCGUCUGGGUGGCAGCCGAUCCCCGCUGCCGCGGUCAUUCCCCUGUUCUCUGGCCGGGACAACUGCACCCGCCCGCAGCAACGCUAGCACAGGGCAGGCUUCAGCCCGACCCUCCCUCGCAAGCAGCAGGAGCCCGGCUCGGAGGUGCAGCAGGGGGAGCACGAGCCCGGCUCGGAGCAGAGACUAGGAACCGGGAGCAGCGCGAGGGUCUGGCGCCGCCGCCGAGCCUGAGGCGGCCGCGGCGAGACCCAGCACGCGGAACCGAGGAUGUGGCGGCAAUAGCUGGGCAGUCACCGCCGCCGGCCUCUGCUCCCUCAGCAGCCCUCCCGAGCUCCGGCCGCCGCGCGGCUCCUAGGAGCAGGAGCGGCGUGUGCCCGGCGGCGCCCGCGGCCAGCAAGCCCCCGCCCUCCCAGAGGAACGGGGCGCCGGCGACACGGGCCGCACCGGCAGCAGUAGGCUCUGGCGUCGGAUGCAUGCGCUACGCCAUCCCGGUGCUGCCGAGGCCUGGACUCCGCUGGAAGAGAGCACAGUGGGGCGAGGAGGGGGCGGGCGAUCCCCGGACACCGGCGGCGGCUCCAUUAUGGCUCAGUAUAAACAUGUUUUUGAUCGCAGUAAUGGAGAAUUGGAAGACUGAUUAUUUCACAUAUUAAAAUGGAUUGUUUACCAGUAGAGUAACUAAGGUGCAGACAACACUUUUGGCUUAUGCAGCUACAUAAAAAUGAGUGAAGUACAGGCUAUGAUAGAAUUCUCCGUGGAGCUCCACAAAUUCUACAAUGUGGAUUUGUUUCAAAGAGGUUUUUACCAGAUUCGUGCUUCUAUGAAAAUUCCUCCAAGAGUGCCGCACAAAUUAGAAGCCAGCUUGUUACCUGUGACAGGUGCUGAUCUUGCCUUUCCAGCUUCAGUCCAUGACAAUGUAAUUUGCAGUAAAACGUUCCAAAUUCUUUACAAAAAUGAGGAGGUUUCUGUGAAUGAUGUUAUGAUCUUCAAAAUUAAAAUGCUCUUAGAUGAACGGAAGAUUGAAGAAUCCCUUAAUGAAAUGAAUUUCCUGCUAUCCUUAGAUCUACACUUCACAGACACAGAUUAUUCGCCAGAUGAUCUGAGCACACUGCAACUAAUUAGUAGCCGAACUUUAAAGUUGCACUUUAGCUUACACCAGGGCCUUCAUCACUACGUCAAUGUUAUGUUUGAUUACUUCCACCUCUCUGUCAUAUCUGUUACAAUCCAUGCUUCUUUGGUUGCUCUACACCAGCCAUUGAUAAGCUUUCCUCGUCCAGUGAAGAAUACUUGGUUAAACAGGAACACACCAGCACAGAACAGGGACACUGUGAUUCCUACUCUUGAAAGUGUGGUCUUCGGCAAUAACUACACAAAACAAUUAUCAGCAGAUGGUUGCAGUUUUGUGAUUGCGGAGUCCUUCCUGAAUCACGCCUACAAUCUCCACUACACACUUUGUGCCAGUUUGCUGCUUGCAUUUAAAGGGUUACACAGCUAUUUCAUCCUGAUAGCAAAGGAGCUCCCCUCCUCACACCGAAUAGAACUGGCCAAGGCCAGCAUGCAGGUCCUUUAUGAACGCCUUCUCAGAAGAAAAUAUCCACGAACCCAGAGAGACGCCUAUCUAGAGAACAUAGAUGUAGAAGCUCGCCUUACAGAACUGUGUGAAGAAGUAAAGAAAAUGGAAAAUCCUGAUGAACUGGCAGAACUUAUAAACAUGAAUCUUGCACAGCUUUGCUCUCUUCUGAUGGCUCUGUGGGGGCAAUUUCUAGAGAUCAUUACCUUGCAGGAGGAAGUCACAGCAUUACUAGCACAAGAACAUCACACACUGAGGGUACGAAGGUUUUCCGAAGCAUUCUUUUGUCUUGAGCAUCCAAGGCAAGCUGCUCUUGCAUAUCAAGAACUACAUGCUCAGAGUCAUCUACAGAUGUGUUCAGCUAUCAAAAACACCUCCUUCUGCAGUUCUCUUCCACCUCUUCCUAUUGAAUGCAGUGAACUAGAUGGAGAUCUGAACUCAUUACCUAUAAUCUUUGAAGAUCGGUAUUUAGAUUCCAUUACCGAAGAUUUGGCUGUACCCUGGGUAGCAGUUGAAAAUCUUCAGAGGUCAGAGUCCAAUAAGCUGGAUAAAUUUGAGGCCGAAGAAGGUUUUGUAGCUGGUUUUUCUAGCCCAGAGUUGAAAAUCAGACCUGCAGGUGCCUCCAACAUUUGGCAUUCAGAAAGUGAAAAGCAGCUAACAAAGUCUUUGAAAGGGAAAAAUGAAGAUGUAAAUAAAUCCAAAGUUAAGGUUACUAAACUAAUGAAAACAAUGAAAACUGAAAACACAAAAAAAAUAGUAAAACAGAAUUCAAAGGACUCUGUGGUCUUGGUAGGCUACAAAUGUUUGAAAAACACAGCACCAGAGGAUGUCUCUAAAUGCUAUGAAGGCAGGCCUUCAUCUCAUCAGAAAGGACUGGAUCCUGCAAUAGAUGGCUUUGCUUGUGACACAAGGACCUGCACAAGGCAAAUAAGUCAAAAAGAACUUAGAUGUUUGCCAUCUAGAACUGAACAAAAAUCUGCCCAAACUGACCAUGUUCUGCAAAGCCAGUGUAGCCCUGUGAUCUCUCAUUGUGCAAAUUCUGCCAUUUUUGGCAGACUUAAUACCUCCCAGGCAGGUACUGGAGUUACACAGGUGGAUAGCAUCUUGACACCUAGAAGCACAGUUGAAGGUUGUCCUGGCUGUCAGCCAACUUCAUCAGGAGUGAGGACAAUUGAGGUCAAACCAAAUAACAAGAAUCCUUAUGAAGGGGAGAAAGUAACUGUUCGUACUGGGUUGUGGGCAGAAUUUUUGCAAGAUGGAGAGAAUUUACAGGUGCCCAACUUUCAGACCGCAGAAUCUGGAAGUAAAACUAACUUGGGGGAAGAGGUAUUGGUGCUUGAAAAGGACGAUGUCCAAGACAUGAACUUUCAACAUACUGGAGAUGCCUUGACAAGAAUAAAAAGCAAUCAUUCUGCUCUUUCUACAAAAGAGACUCAUGUUGCCAUAAGUGGAGACAUGGUUAAGUUACCAGAUGUUAGUGUCAUUUAUGCCUCAUCUAGGUUUUCAGAUUCAGGUGUAGAAAGUGAACCAAGCUCUUUUGCAACACACUCCAACCCUGAUGUGUUUUUUGAAACCAUUCAAGGGCAAAGUGCUUACAACAGUGAAAGACUGUUUCCUCAGCUUUUACUAAAACCAGAUUACAUAAAAAAUGCAAUAGAAAGCUAUUGUACUGAGAGUACUAGUGCAUUGAGUGAAAUACAGUCAUCCCUGACAUCCAUAAACUCUCUACCGUCAGAUGAUGAUGAGCUUUCACCUGAUGAAAAUUCAAAGAUAUCACUUGUACCUGAAUGCCAACUAAGUGACAGCAAAACUAUAUUAGAUCUGGGAACAAUUGAUUUGCCAAAAUGUGAUGACAGUAAAAAAUCAAAUAUCAUUUUACAGCAACAGUGUGUUGUAUUUUCAGGGCAUUCACACAUUGAAACUGUCUCUCUGCAUUCCUCACUUUCAGACAUAAAAGAUUCUUUACAGUUAGUUGCUUCAGAUGAAGAUAUAUCUACUGAGAUGAAAAAUUACAGCUCACGUGCAAACUUUGACACAGUUUUUAAGGACUCUCAAAGCCUUGAUAGGCAUCAGAACACUACAGAAGGAGAAACUGAAUUACAUUCAGAAGUUAUUUAUCUGGGAGAACCAUGUGUUGUUUCAGGUUCAGUAUCUAGUAAUGCUAAGUGUAAUGUAGAGAAAACAAAUGAGGGAAAACAUAACGAACCUUUAGAAUUAAGGCAAACAACUGAGGAAUUGCCAACAGUUGAAAGUGAGACUCACCCAGAUGCAAAUAAUCUCUCAUCAACCAGCAGUAUCGAUAUUGUGAAACAAGGUCUUGUAGAAAACUACUUUGGCUCUAGAAGCAGUACAGAUAUUUCUGAUAUUUGCCCUACUGACAACAGCAAUCCUGAUAGUCCUCAAAAGGAAAAAUCUGAAAAACAAACUGUUGGCUCUUCGCAACGGGAGGAGGAGGAGGAGGAGGAGGAGCAGGAUCAAGAAAUGGUUGAAAAUGGGUAUUAUGAGGAAACGGAUUAUAGUAAUAUUUUAGAUGGAGAUACAAAUGCUGACUUUGAGCAGAAUCAUGGUCUAAUGGAAGAAAAAGCUUUGAGAUCUGAAAGGAUUGACAGCGAGCAUCUAAGAGAUGGAAUGAAUAUGGCUCCUAUCUGUACUCCUGGUUGUUUGUCUUUUCCCUCUGUGCUGAGAGACUCUCCUUGCAGUGUUAUAUGUUCUUCAAAAAGCAAAUCUGAUGCAAUAACAAAACAGCCAGGCAGCACAUCCUGCAGCUCAGCUUCACCUAUUUCGUGGUAUGAAAGCUCCCCCAAACCUCAAAUGCUAGCUUUUCUCCAGGCUAAAGAGGAAUUAAAGCAACUUAAACUCCCUGGAUUUAUGUAUAGUGAUGUUCUCAGACUGGCUUCGUCCGCACCUUAUUUCAGCACAGAAGAGGAUGAAGGUUCAGAAGAUGGAAUACAUCUCAUAGUCUGUGUUCAUGGCCUAGAUGGUAAUAGUGCAGAUCUAAGAUUAGUGAAGACUUAUAUUGAGCUUGGACUACCUGGCGGACGAAUAGAUUUUCUUAUGUCUGAGAGGAACCAGAAUGAUACCUUUGCUGAUUUUGAUUCCAUGACUGAUCGCCUUUUAGAUGAAAUAAUACAAUAUAUUCAAAUUUACAACCUAACAAUUUCAAAAAUCAGUUUUAUUGGACAUUCGCUGGGCAAUUUAAUAAUCCGUUCAGUGCUCACAAGACCUCGGUUUAAAUAUUACCUCAACAAACUUCACACCUUCCUGUCUCUCUCUGGACCACAUCUUGGUACCCUCUACAACAGCAGUGCUCUUGUUAAUACAGGUCUCUGGUUUAUGCAGAAGUGGAAAAAGUCGGGUUCUUUAUUACAAUUGACAUGUCGAGAUCAUUCAGACCCACGGCAAACUUUCUUAUACAAACUUAGUAAAAAAGCAGGUCUUCAUUACUUCAAAAACAUAGUGCUAGUUGGAUCCCUGCAGGAUCGUUAUGUUCCUUAUCAUUCUGCCCGCAUAGAGAUGUGCAAAACAGCUUUGAAAGAUAAACAGUCAGGACCGAUUUAUGCAGAAAUGAUCCAGAACCUGCUUCUACCAGUUCUUCAAAACAAGGAAUGUAAUUUGGUCCGUUAUAAUGUCAUCAAUGCAUUGCCCAAUACAGCCGAUUCUCUCAUAGGGAGAGCUGCACACAUUGCUGUUCUUGAUUCAGAAAUAUUUUUAGAAAAGUUCUUUCUGGUUGCUGCCCUAAAAUAUUUCCAGUAGAAGAAAAGCAUUUUAAGAGACUUGACUAUUACCUCAUUAACAGAUGAAUCAAAUAAUGUGUGGUAUUGAAGUAUAGCUGCAGCUGUAUUUUAAGAGAUAUUUAUACUUUUGUAUGGAAGAUAAUUUAUAUCAUCCAUGUUUAGAGCUUUUUUAACAUCGACUUUACUUUCUAGGUAAUGUGGCUGUGCAAUAUUUUUUAUUUGAUUCUUUUUACUUUUCUAUUACUUUUUCUUAAUUUUUGGGUACCUAAUUGAGUGGAGAUUAAAUUACAGUAUGUACAUUUGGUUGGUUUAUUAUUGGUUCUUAGACUACAAAAGUCAAUGCUAUAUGGCUACAUUUUAAUAGAGGCUUUGGAUGCCAAAAUAAAUUUGAAUUUAAAAAUUCUAAUAAAGUAUUAUGCAUCUGAUUGUUAUAUUUUAGCAUUGUAGAAAGUCUAACUGGAAAAACAAUUAGCUGCUAAAUUAUCAUACAUUGAAAACAGCUAUAUCUGAAAUGCUGGUAAAGACCAUUAUUUUAAUGAGCGAACUGAGUCGUCUGUUCAGAUAUCACUACAUCCUAAUAAUUUUCUACAAAAUCAUCGUCAUUAUUAAACAUGUUAUGCCUGUGGAAAUAUAUUUUCUACUGAUGAUCUCAAAAACAUGUUGGUUUACAUAUUCACUUAUAUUACUGGAACUUUAGUGUUCAGAAGUAAGCAGCAAUUAGGGAUUUUUGAAUGUUUAAAUAAACAACAGCUGCCUUCUAAUAAUUGGGGUGUUGCAAAUUAAAUAAAAUUGCUCUUACUCUCUCAGUUCAGUUCUUCAAAUGAACCUUUUACAUGGACUUCCUUGUAUGUACGUAAAAUAAGUAAAUGUAAUAAAUUUCUGCAAUACUUUUAUGAA